CGGCCUCCUCCUCCCCCGGCCUCUCCCCCUCUCCCUCCCCCGGCCCGGCCUCCUCCUCCCCCGGCCUCUCCCUCUCUCCCUCCCCCGGCUCCCUCCCCGCUCCGGACUCGGAAGAUGGCGGCGGACGAUCGGUGCCGGUCUGAGGCGGCUAAGGACAAGCGGCGGGAGCAGUUAAACCGGUGGUUGGGGUCGGACACGGAGCGCAGUGUCCCCCCGGGGGGUCCCGGCUCCUCCCGCCGCCCCCCGCGGGUCCGCUUCGCCCAGGGAGCCGUGUUUAUGGCGGCUUGUUCGGCCGGAGACCGAGAGGAGGUUCGGGAGCUGCUGGCGGCCGGAGCCCCCAUCAAUGGCACCAACGUGGACGGACUGACAGCCCUGCACCAGGUAACAGACAGCCCCCCAAAAUACUGAGACAGCCCCCACCCCAAAUACUCAGACAGCCCCCAAAUACUGAGACAGCCCUGCACCAGGUAACAGACAGCCCCCCCAAAUACUGGACAUUACCCCUGAUACUGGACAGCCCCAAAAUACAGCCCCGAAACUGGGACAGCCCCCAAAUGCUUAGACAGCCCCCCAAAAUACUGAGACAGCCCCCAAAUAAUACAGCCCCCAAAUACUGAGACAGCCCCACAGGUAUGAGCCCCCAAAAUACAGCCCCCCACCCCCUAGCACCAGGUAACAGACAGCCCCCAAAAUAUUGAGACAGCCCCAAUACUGAGACAGCCCUGCACCAGGUAACAGACAGCCCCCCAAAUAAUACAGCCCCCACCCCCAAAUACUCAGACAGCCCCCAAAAUACUGAGACAGCCCCCAAAUAAUACAGCCCCCCACCCCCAAAUACUGAGGACAGCCCUGCACCAGGUAACAGACAGCCCCCAAAAUAAUACAGCCCCCACGUGCUGGAACCCAGCCCCCAAAUACAUACAGCCCCCCAAAAUACUGAGACAGCCCCCAAAAUACUGAGACAGCCCUGCACCAGGUAACAGACAGCCCCCAAAUAAUACAGCCCCCAAAAUACUGAGACAGCCCUGCACCAGGUAAUACAGCCCCCCCAAAAUACUGAGACAGCCCUGCACCAGGUACCCCAUAUUAAUACAGCAUUCCUAAAUUACAGAGACAGCCCCACAGCACCCUAAAAUACAGAGACAGCUCUGCUCCAGGUACCCCCAUAUCACCACAGCACCCCAAAAUACACUAACACCCCAAAUUACUGAGACAGCCCUGCACGAGGUAACCCAACACCCCCCACAGCACUCCAAAUUACACAGAUAGGCCUGCACCAUGUACCCCCAUAUUCCCCACAGCACCCCAAAUUACUGAGACAGUGCUCACCUACAUACACAGAUCUACACCUGGGUACCCUAACACACCCACAGAUCCCCAAAAUACACAACCCUGCAUCAGGUAUCCCAACACCCCCGCAGCACCCCAAAAUACACAAAUAGCCCUUCACCAACACGCCCACAGCACCCGGAAAUACAUAGACUGUGCUCACCAGGCACCCCAGCACCCCACAACACACAAUUUGCUCACCAGGCACCACAUCAGUCCGAAACACACAAACUGUGCUCACCAGGCACCCCAAGACCCCUACAACACACAAACUGUGCUCACCAGGCACCCCAAGACCCCUACAACACACAAACUGUGCUCAGAUCUGCACCAGGUACCCCAACAACCUUUAACACCCUACUAUACAUAGACUGUGAUCAGCUGUACCGCAGGUAAUCCAAUAUCCCCACAGCAACCCACAAUACACAGACUCUGAGCUUUCAUUAGGUACCCCAUACAUUACAGCCCCCCUUGAAUAAUCUCAAAUUAAUUUACUGUACACAGCUAAAAGAAUCCAUGGUCUUGCAUAUAACCACAGGUAACCGCUACCCUGGAAUAAUACAUUUAAUUUGAUAUUUGAGGUGAUAUUUGCAAUAUGUCACUGAGAUCGUUUCAGUACUACACGUUGCUUAAUAUUUAGGAGACUAAAAAGUUUGAAGCAGCUGUAACAGAUCCUGACACUUGCGAGAGCCACAAAUCCUGAUAAGGAGAUGUGCAAGAAUGCUUUUGAACAGAAAACACGUCCAGUAACUGGACAUAUGGUCAGUUGUUUAAACAGUGUAAAAGGAUUAAAGGCCAGGAAAAAUCUGAAGUAAUCUGUACCGAUUCUUUUUAUUGCAAGGCCUCCUGUAUUACGGGGUGCUAUUAGGUUAGGUGUGAGCUCCUGGUAUAUAGACGGGAAGACACAUUUUAGUACAUUUUAUGGCAUUCUGAACAUUAGGGUUCUUGGUAACAAGGGUUGUUUUAUUGUGACGUUUUGUGACUUUGUAUCGGGCUCCUGGUUUUCUAGGGGUGCAGUGAUAUGUGGUUAUUGGGGAUCACCAGUUAUGUUCUAUAAAUAAUGGUUUUUACUGGCCCUGGUUAUCUAGGUGUGCUGUAAUUAUAUGAUUAAUUAUAAAGUCACUAUCUCCAAACACGUAUUAUUUUGUUUGGCCAUGCUUAUAUCUCCUAUUUUUUAUCCUAAUCAACUCUCCAUUAUGACCCAUCUGAAAUUCCUUUCCCCUUUCCCACCAGGCCUGUAUUGAUGAGAAUAUAGAAAUGGUUCAGUUUUUGGUGGAAAAUGGCGCAGCUGUGAACCAGCCGGAUAAUGAAGGAUGGACCCCCCUUCACGCGGCAGCGUCUUGUGGUUUUGUGAACAUUGCACAGUGAGUGCCCGUCCUGCAUGUUCUUGUGUGGGAUUGUCCCCUCCCGCUGUCUCUCUCCUAGCUGACACAAUUCUAUGGUUUAACUUUGCACUUUUUCCUUCGCUGUUGAUCAUCUCCUGGUUUACUUGUGCCCACAUUUUUAAUAAUCUAUCGAAAGCUUUAGUUUAUUUUUAAAUAUAAACCCAUCUCUUUUGGUAGAUUAAAUUUAGGAAUAUAACCAUGGAUUCACAAACUGAAAGAGAAUGAACAGUGGUAUCUACUAUACCAUUUAUGUGACGUCUGUAUAUAUAUAUAUAAUCUUUAACGAGCUCGCAAAAAUGUUUUAGCGCCGGCUUGUCAAAUGCAUGGGCCAAACUAAAGUGAAUUUCCCAAAAGCUAUAUUUUAAAGAAUGUUCUGCCAACAGUCACUCAAACCCACAGGAUUAUUUAAAGGAACAGUAGACCAUAUAAUUACGUUUUGCAAUACGUUUUUCCAUUUCAUGUAUUACUAUUAUGUACAAGGGAAAUUAUACACAUUUGGAACAUAGUGAAACAGUUGAUGGCAUUGAGAGACCUGCCCCUUGGAAAUUAUAGUAAAGGAUACAAUUACAUACUGUGACUUUCAAAGGUUCCUGCUGGCUGUGUAUUAUUGAAGUGAAAUUUGAGACUCGUGGCCUAUAUUUUGUAUGUAUAGAGAUGGAGGAUGACUUUGGAGUAACCUUAUUGACAAUCUGGCUAUGUGGGUGAGUAUUUCUUUAUUAGGCAGUUACUUCUGUCCCUUAAUAUUACGUUCUACAUUUUUUUUUAUUUGUUUUGAUAUCAAAGGAGAUAACGUUUGUGAGGAUCGCGUCUGACAUUCUGCAGGGGGUUGGCCUUCAAUUGUUGUUAUAUGCACCAGAACCAUUUCAGCUUGCUGAAACGAUCCUGUCCCUGCAGCUUCCCACAGUGCAUUAUAUUUUGCGCUUUGAAUAUAGUAUGUAGCUUCUCAAUGAGUUAAAAUAAUUGUGAAUUUUAUUUUUACGUCCUAGUUGCCCUUUAAGUUAUAAGAAGUAUUGGCUAGUAGCCCUUAAAGUAUUUGUGGCUACAAUUGACUCAUUCCUUUAUUUGCUUAGUGACAGCUGAUUGUGGCAGACCAUUGUUGGGCUAAAUCCACCUCUUACUAUUAAGUCACCUGUUUCUUUUGGGAUGUCAGAUUCUUUUUACAUUGAGCGUCGGUAUGUUGCCAGGACAGGUUCUCCAGGAAUGCACAAUUAGUUGCAAGGUAUUUAGGCCAAUGCACACCUUUAAACAUUUUGCUUAAUGAUGUAAAAAUAUGAUUUUUUUCUGUCUUUCUUAAAGGGAAAGAUUGAUCAAAAUCCAAAAGCCUAUUAAACCAAUCUAGCAAUUGAUUUACUGAGCACUGACAAUGUUUGCAGUUGUGAUGACAUUGAUCACGUGAUCUGAAAGUUUAUCAGAACCUUCAUAUCAAGGUGAUUAUGUAACAUCAGUAAAGGCGUUGUUACACUCACAGCAAUUCCCAAAUUACAGAACUCCUGGACAUGUGCCCCUUUUCUGUACAUUGUGCUAAUUUCUUGCGGAAUCUCCAGAGCUUGCGGUCACGUGGAAAGGUAAUCCGCUUGCCUCUGAUAUUUGGCUACUUUGCACCCUGUGACAAUUUAUAGGUUUUUUAAAAAAAAAAGUAUCCCCCAAUUUUUAUUUCGGAGUACAUCAAUGUAAUUUGGCAUAUUGGCACUGCAUUUAGUCCUUUUCUGCUAUUGUUUGUAUUUAAUGUCUGGACAGGUACCUGAUUUCAAAAGGAGCCAGUGUUGCUUCUGUGAAUAGUGAGGGAGAGUUACCACUUGACGUUUCACACGAGAGUGCAAUGGAGAAAUUGCUAAAAAGUGAGAUAAAAAAGCAAGGUAAGAAACGCAGUCAUUGACCUACGGUCAGUACACCUUUCUUUUUUGAUUGUUUAUAUGAUGUUAUUCUUAUAACAAUAAACUGUACACAGGUGUGGACCUAGAUGUAGCACGGAGGGAGGAAGAGGAACUCAUGCUGAGGGACGCACGACUUUGGUUGAAUAGUAGAAAAGUUGAGGACCUGAGGCACCCAACUACAGGUGCCACAGCUCUCCAUGUUGCAGCAGCCAAAGGGUAUACUGAAGUAAUCAGGUGAGCUGUGUGACAGGUGGGUAAUACGUUGGAAAUAACUGCUGGAAUCUGCAGAUGGAUCUCUUUUAUUUAUUUUUUUUUUUUUAUGAAUAUUUUUUUAAAGUGUUUGGGGGGUGGGGGGGGAAGGUGGGUACCAAGUUGAUGCCAUAAAAACGUGAAAACCAUCAGAUAAGUAGGAGGCAGAAUCUAUAAGGUCAGGAGAAACACAGCAAGGUCAUGUUACCACCUGCCAUCCUUUAUUUUUCUAUGUCUGACCCCUCCUCUGUCUCAUUCCAUCUCCACCCCAUCAUUCUCACUCUUCCUGUCUGUCUCAGGCUACUCCUACAACUGGGGUUUGAUGUGGACGCCCGUGACUUUGAUGGUUGGACGCCUCUGCACGCGGCCGCUCAUUGGGGCCAGCCGGAUGCAUGCCGUCUCCUGUGUGAGGCUCUCUGUGACAUGGAGGCGAUCAACAAAGUGGUGAGGGGGUCAGCGGUCUUCUCACACUAAAUGCAGACUGCUUCUACCCCCUUAUCUGCACCUCUGCCUUGUCUACCAUGUGUCUCCUGCCAUGCGGCCACUUUGGCUAGUGCCUUGCUUGGUUCUCUGGGCUGUUAUCUGUCGGUUUCUUACCAUGCGUUUUGUCUCUGCAUUCCUCCCCAGCAGCUUGCUUUCAGCAAUUCCUGUUUGUCUGUGAUCUUCUCUUUUGCAGAGUGAUAUGUGAUGUUCUUAUUGUAUAUUUCUUGGUCUUGAAAUGUUCCGAUUUGUCUUGCAGGGGCAGACACCAGUUGAUGUUGCUGAUGACAGCGUAGAGUCUACAUUGGAAGAAUUAAAGACUAAACAGAGCGUGGUGAGAAAUUAGACUUAGUCCAAGUGUUGAAUAUUCCAUUUUCAGUGAAAUAUCGGUACACAUGUGCUGUCUGAUUUUCCCCCCCAUUUCUUUCCCUUUUUGUCUCUAUUUAUUUUUUAAUGCAGAUUUUUAUCUUUAUUAAUAUCUUUUAGUUGCGCCUGGAGAAGAUGAAAAAUGCUCCACAAAUUCUGCCUCAAACAAGCCCUCCCAAUCAGAGUGCUAGCAGCAGGACUAGAAGGUUUGUAGCAAUCAUGUGUUGCUGCAUUUUUUCUAUUUCAUAUUUCAUUCAUUAAAACUGAACGUGUGUGUCUGUCUGCCAUCUAUCGAUGGAUUUAAAUUGAAUUUUUGUGUCAUUGAGGUUUUGGUGAAGUGUGUCACUGUGGGUAUGUUGCACAUGGAUUGGUCACAUGACUGUAUUUUGCCACACUGGUUUAUGCACACCGUGUGAUCUUUGAGUGUUUCACUCGUUGAGUGUUGGCCCCAGGCACUCUUUGCACACCGUGUGAUCUUUGAGUGUUUCACUCGUUGAGUGUUGGCCCCAGGCACUCUUUGCACACCUUGCACUGAUCCCUGCACGAUCCCUACCCCCCAUCCCUUGUUCAAUUAGGAGUUCUAUUUCUCGUCUGAGCAGCCAGGAGAAGGUUGCACUUCAUGUGCAGGAUAAAGAACGCAGAGCACAGCACCCCCCCGUAACAGGACAUACCGCGCAACCCAUCGCCUCCAGUUCUGAUGCCGAGUCCGGCUCUGAUGCUGAAUCAGGUGAGCCGGCGCUGCAUACAUUGACGUCAGUCUCAGUACCGCCUCUUUGUUUAUCCUGUAAUUUGGAUUUCAUUUUUGUCUGUCAGCCUUUGCUUUUCCAUUUUAUCUUUUCGUUUCCAAGGGUGCAUUAAUGUAUUUUCUUGUAUUACCAUGAUUCCCCCCUGGCCAUUUCAAUCCUUUUAUAACCCAUUAUUAUUUGCAGAAAAAGUGAAAGCACAAGAAAGAAUUAAUAAUCUGAAUAAUCAGUUGAGGAAUCUUUCAGGGACAGCAGCAAAAAAGGUAAACUUAACCCCAAAUUUCUUUUACUUAUCUUAUGUUUUUUCCUUUUAAUAAGGUAUUUUCUCUCUUCACUUCAAUGCAGCCUCCUCUUACACAGGAUCAGACAAAAGUGGAACCCGCCUUGGGUUCGUGGCGAGCCUCCUUAAGGAAGACUGGUAGUUCUGGCACUCUGAGUUCUAGCACUGCAUCUGAGGAAGGAAAAAAAGCUGCAUUACCCAAAUCUGCUUCCAGUUCCCAGUUGUCAGAGAGGGUUUGUGAUGCUGUUCAUGUUUUACCUUUUGUAAAUUCACUUGCUUUUAUCCUCCUCCCUUGUGUUCCAUAGGAUUCAUUCUUUAACUGUAGUGAUCUUUAUUGAUGACUUGCUCUAAUAAUUGGCUCAACUGAGAUUCUGUUCUGUUUCAGGACAAGACUGGAGCUGAACUUCGUAUGGCACGAGUGCCCCCCAGCCAGAAAUUGCUUGGUAAUCAAGAGAAUACACGGUGAGUAAAAAAAACAGGUGCCAGUAUUUGUCACUUUAGGAAAGGGGAAUUUUCAAGAAAAGUCUUUCUACUUGUUUCUUGUCUUCCAGAGAUCCGCUUGGGCGAGGGUCCUUUGUACGACUGCGUAAUGAGGGGGAAGAUGGAUUAACUUCACUUCGCAGGCAAAGGGGAGAUCCCCUUGCAUUGAAAACAGAAACCCCUGUUCCGAGAAGAGAACCUUUAGCAAAUAAGCCAGAAAUCUCUACACUAAGUGCAAACACUGUGCCAGCCAAACCAGAUGCCACCGUGUCUGCUCUCAAUUCCCUUGGAAGGUAAUGACAUUAAGACAGCAUGUGCUCAGCAAACUAGUUACAUAUUUUUAGAGGAAAAACCUGACUUGACAUGGGUUGACGUAAGUAAGAAAUUAGUAGAGAAAUGAUACAUGAUCUUCAGCUGCAAAGCACAUUUACCUACAGAGUGACCAUGAACACAUAACCAGAUUAUUGGUUGUUUUUGUUACAGGAUAGGAGUAACAAGACAACUUAUCUUCCAAAAAAUAAACACCACUGUGUAACAAUAUUGUAUAAUGAAGACUGAGUUGGCUGCCGGGCUAAUGGGACUCUUAAUAACCUCAAGAGACAAGCUAGGCAAAUCCUAGUUCCCAUAUUAGUGCCGAGUUCAUGCAUUAUAUUGAUCACGUUGGCCUCAUUAAACAUUUCUAAAAUUAACUAGAAGAGAGCUUAGAUCACUGUGAAAAUGCUUUUUCCCUCUGCAUUGAAAUUCAUUUAUGCUUUAUUUCUCUAGACGAACAGAAAUUCAAAACUCCACUACCACAAAUGCGGAGACGACCCCUAACACUGAGACCAAAGAGAGGCGCAGGUGAGAAGUUUUUUUGCAGUGGGUCUAAUGCUACAGGACCUAUACGGUCUAUGGUGUGCAACGGGGUGAGUUCUAUUUAUAUAAAUGGUUUUUUUUUUUUUCCUCAAUCAUUCCAGGUCUUAUUUGACUCCUGUGAGAGAUGAGGAGGCUGAAGCUCAGCGCAAAGCCAGGUCUCGUCAUGCCCGUCAGUCUCGGCGAUCAACUCAGGUUAUUGUUUUAACUGCCUUAUUUUAUCAUAUUGUUUUAAACAUUAUAUUCCACUUUGUUUCUCUUGUUGAACCCUUUCCACACAUACAUAUACAUAUACAUUCAGUCCUGCCCUUUACUAUCCUCUCCUCAUAUCCUUCUACUGCAGGGAGUGACACUUACAGACCUGAAAGAGGCUGAAAAAGUGAUCAAGGGACAACAAGAAAAUCAAAAGGCCGAGGCAGAACCAGUGAAAACCCAAGAAGAGGAGAGCAGCAAAGACAGUCUGUCACGAGCCCGGAGCAGCCGUGCAAUGAAUGAUGAUGGGGUGAGUAAGCUGUAACACAAGUAUUUUUGUAUUUAGUGAAGAACAGUGUUUUUUGCAUAGUUCUUGUUGGUGAUUAUCGGGUUAUGUCCUGAUUUAUGUUUGUUACAGACUGAAGUCAGCUGGAGAGCAAGAAUUGCCAGUUUGCAGAAAUCUGACCUCUUGGGACUAACCACACCUGAUCCAACAACUACUCCAUCUUCAUCCACCCGGAGGGGAGCAGCACAGACAUUGGAGAACAAAGGUGAAGGUUAGGAACAAAUGUUGACUUGAGGAGAUUGAGGGGUGUGAUUACCCUCCUACUAUUUAAUUAUAUAUAUGAUUCAGGGAUUCAUUACGAUUUCUCAGUAUAUGUGGACUGACCUUUUGGGAGCAUCCGUAUGAUUUUUCUGAGCACAGUGAUAGUAAGGAGAGAAUAGGAGCAAUGAUUGGAAACUUUAACCCCUUAAGGACACAUGACAUGUGUGACAUGUCAUGAUUCCCUUUUAUUCCAGAAGUGUGGUCCUUAAGGGGUUAAAAGCAAAUCCAUCUAAAGAUUCUGGCUUAUAUCUGAAACUUGUUGUACUCCGUGUAGUACUCUGCUUUGUAGCAAAAUUAGAUUAUUUCCACCACAUUCAAUUUAUCAGAAUAUAGCAGCUGUACGCAUUAAAGAGGCUGCUGACUGUGUUUUUAAGUUUAUCUAACAUGUAUUAUUUGAAUAUGCCUUAAGAAGCAAUUAUUGCACUCCCUAGAGAUGCAGAAAUCCCAAGAGGAUGAAAAGGAAAGUGAUGAGAGAGGAGGGAGAAACAAGGCAGGUGUGCGGGACCGGAGGAGGCCGAGAGGAAAGCGGAGAUCCACGGGGGUCCCAUUAACCACCAAAGAUGUAAGAUGUCACUAGAUUUUUUUCAUAUUUUCUUUGCUGCAAUGAAUCUGUCCAUCUAGCAAUUAUAUGGGGGGGAGGGAGGAGUGCAUAAAGUUUGAGUUUUAUGUAGAUUAAUGUCCAAGACAAGUCUAAGAGGAAGGAAAAAUUGUGAGAUUUAAAUCCGACAUAGAACAUGCUUUUUACUAUGUAAAUCUUCUGGUUCAAAAAUACAAUCUUUCUUUCAAAUGGAAAUUCUGCGUGUCAGGAACUUUUACAAGGUAGAUGUGGGUUAUUCCUGUUACAGUGUAUGAUGAGUGUAAAAAUGGCUAGUAUUUGUCGAUUACUUUUGUAUUUUCUGCUAAAACUGUAUUUUUAAUUUAUGGUUUACAAUUUAAUUUUAUUUCAAGUACUACAAAAACUGAAUCUGAAGGGUGAUAUUCUCUCCUUGGAGCAAUUCGUUAACAAAACAGUUAUCGCAAGGUUGAAAUAAAAUGGCAGAGAAGUUUAGAAAGCAGUUUCACGCAGUAUUUAUAGUUAUCACAAAAGUGAUUAUCAGUUCUUGCUCUCUUGAGUUUGUUCAACUCAAGUCACGUUACAUUUUUUUUUUUUUUUUAGAGAAAAUCAGCUGACAUUCUCAGCCCAUAAAUAAAUACCCAGUCACUAUGAGUUUGUAGGCUAAUCCAGAAUUGUAAAUUUCUGCUUUAGCAUAUCUCUGUAGACUGGAAGGACCAUGGGAGCCUUACAAAGCCAGUUAAGUGUCAGGCAGUUUGUUACCAUGGGACAGAGCCAUGGUACUCCUAGCACUAUAACCAUUAUAGAGCAUUGGAGUAGUUAUGGUGCUUAGCAGAUCUUUGUUAUAUAUUAGAAAAACUGUUGAGCAGUACCUAUAACAUGCUCCUGCAGAUUUGUUACAAUUUAGCACUUUUCCGUGUAACUUGUUUUUUAAACAAGUGUUCUAUUUUUAUUUUGUCAGUGUGAUGGAGAGGAAUCCGAAGAGGAGGAUGGUGAAGAGGAGAGACCCCGUGCUCAGGUGCCUGGAUCUACUAACUAUAGGGGGAUUCAUAAUAUCAUUUUGGUAAUGUUAAGGGAAUGUGUGUUGCUGGAUGAAAUGUACAUGGCAGGUUCAUUCUUUAUAAUUUCUGGCUUUGUGUUUAUUGUUGCUGCCUGGCUGAGUUUCUCUCCUAAAUGGUAAGUGACUUGCCAAAGAAUGUUUUCAGAGUCAUAAAGUAUCCUUUAAAGGGCAGGCUUAAAUAAAUAACACACUAGUGUAUAAGUUAUGUGACACAAUGUGUCUCUUCUUUUUUCCUCCCAGGUAGAUGGACUUGGCUCUCGGUAAGAAACAUUUGAACGUAUACGUGUGCCGGUGAUUGUGUACACAUAGGUUAUUUACAUACUGGUACAGUUGUGAUGCAUGCACACACAAUAUGAACUGCUUACUGGGAGGUGGUUGCCACCCUUAUUCAGUAAUGUUAAGUUCUGUGCGUAUAGUUUUGUAGUUUGUCUGAUUUGCUUCUGUUUUUGGAAUUCCAUCAGGUCAGAUAAUGUUUCCAAUGCACAUACAACAAGCCGCGGAGAGACGGCAAUAGGAGCUGAACAUCGGGACACAAAAGACUUUAAGAAAGUGAGACUCUGCGUUGUGGCGCAUUUGGUGCAUGUGUAUGUCAUUGGUUUAAUUGCGCAUUCAAUGCAUAGUACAAUGUGACUGAGAAUCGGAAAUAUCUGCCUGUUGCAUGGUGAUGAAUAUACUGAUUGAUCACAGAGGGUGGUGUUCUGUUUAUUAAACCUUUUACUAGCAAUACUGAACAUAAAGAUACAUUCUAGGAAUUGGAGAACUGAAACCCUUGAACCAGUGGUCUUACAUGUCAAUACUUGGUAAUUCUAAUUCGUAAAAAUAAAUGGGUGACAGCCAAGCAGAGAGCUUGUUGAUCAAGUUUUGUUUGGGAUUCUUGUGUUGUAGCUCUAUCAAGACUUAAUGAGAGACAAUGGCCGCCUACGUUCCCAGCUGCUAAACACCCAAAACCUGGUCAGCGAGACUAAGGCAGAGUUGGAAAGAGCAACACAAGUAAGGAAGUGGACGGUUUCCAUCAAACGAGUACAUUUACAUUUAGAAAAACUGAUACAGAAUCAAGAAAGCACAUAAUGUGAUUGUUCACAUCCACAUCAGAUUUUAGAAAAAAUGAAAGAAACAAACCAAUCCCAACAUGCUGGCAUACUGUUUGCACAGUCACAUUUAGUUCAGCACAAGGUGCACUCGGUACAAAAUUGCAAAUAUUUUGAUUCAGCAAUGUCCUCUCUCAGCUAGGGGCUGUUAUGGAAAGAACAUGGGGUACAUUUCUAAAUGUCUUAAAACCAUACCUAAUGUAAGGGGAAAGGUGCUGGGGUAAAGCAUUAUACAAUGGACAAGAAUGGCAACUCAUUGAUUAUAUAAUUCGUGCCAAGAAUGAAAUAUCAACCUGAACAUGAAUCCUUUAGAGAUGAAGUUUAGCUGCAAUACCUUUGUCUACUUGCCUGCAAAUAGUUCUGUUCAAUUUAAUUCUGUUUCAUAAGACGACUCCUUUUCUUUUACAAUAUUUUUUUCGCAGCGACAGGAACGUAGCGUUGACAGAUCUUUUCUAAUUGACACGGAAAAGAAGGUAAGGAAUAAAAGUCUCCCUUUUGUAAUGUUUUGUUUACAGAAGCCCUACACCUGUCCUGAUAUGCAUACCCUGGCACUAGAUUCUAUAGCAUAACACGAUUUGUAGAUUCCUUGUUUAUCAGAAAGAAUAGCUUUCCCACCUAUUAAUUGCCAGCAUAGACCUUUAUGCUUAUGGCUUACAGGUCUAUACCAACAAUCGUGAUAGAGGAGGACACUCUUACAAGAUGUGUUUCUGCUCCCCAUUACAAUAACUACAUUGUAUAUGCACUGUGCUUGGUGUGAUAUCCAUUGAGUGUGCACAUCUUGCAUUAGUUGGGGGAAUUCAGUUUCUGACUCUUUGCACUGGCAUUGAAUCCACCGUGAGUGGUGCCAGUGGUUUCAGAGAAGGACAGAAGUGAGGCUGGACCAGAGGAUAAGUGGAAUGUGACUCCAGACCCCUUAAUCAGGGUGUUAAGAGAACCAUGGAGAGAAGAUUUAUAUUAAAUGAAUAGAUCCUAAAGUACCUAAAUAUAUAAUUUGGAGUACUACAGGCAUCAAAACAACUUUAGCUUAAUGAAGCAGUGUUGGUAUAUAGAUCAUGCUCCUACAGUCUCAAUUCUCUGCAAUUUAGGAGUUUAAUCACUUUGUUUCUGUUUAUGCAGCCCUUGCCACACCUCCCCUAGCUGUGACUGGCACAACCUGCAUGAAAGAAUUUUCAUUUUCAAUCAGAUUUUGAUUUGCUUUAGAAGUUUUUAUCUCCUGCUCUGUAAAUUGAACUUUAAUCUUACACAGGAGGCUAAUGCAGGCUCUAGAACACUAUUAAAAAAGCAGGAGAAUUUUUUUCUUUUUUUUUUGAUUAAACAGACUGUGCACUAAAGGAACUGAAAAUAUCUAGUUCCUUUACAGGAAGUGUUAAGGAAGGGUGUACAAUGGGGUGGGGCCUACGGCUGCAUAAAAAAGUGAUUUAACUCCUAAAUGGCAGUGAAUUGAGCAGUGAGACUGCAGGGGCAUGAUCUGUACACCAAAGCGAAUUCAUUAAGCUAAAGUUGUUUUGGUGCCUAUAGUGUCCCUUUAAAUUGUGUAUUUGUAGCUUUAGGAUCUGUUAUGUGCUUAGAUUCAUUUUAAAGUUCAGUUAAGUACAUAUAAUGAUUGUUUAACAUUCAUCUUUUCUCUUCCCACUGUGAUCUUCCUGUACCUGUUUCAAAUGACAGGAAAAGCUCAUUUUGGAGCGCAGAAUGUCUGAGUUACAGGACGAAUUGAAGGUAAGUUUUUAUUUUUUUAUUUUUUUUAAUUAUUAUUAUUUUGUCAAAUGUCCGUAUUAAAGAGAUGAUUUUGGACAUAUUUUUAUUUUCUUAACUGAGCUCCCUUUCCUUUAUUUGUCAGAUGAUCACUUAUAUUCUUUAUUCCAUUUGCAUUUAACGUCAAACAUCAUUGACUGUCUGGUGGAUUGCCUCUGUGAUUAGAUAAUGCUUUGGUUAUUGUUCCCUUGCACCAAGAUUUUUAUUUUAUUUAAUUACAUGUUGUUAAAUCAGGCUGCUUAGGAAUUUCAUAUUGCGUUUACCCUUUAUGUUACUCCUGAUGACUUCUUGUGAUCCUCUCUGUCAGGUCCUUGGAGAUCUGAAAGCUGACAACCAACGUCUGAAAGACGAGAAUGGGGCCCUGAUUCGUGUUAUCAGCAAAUUGUCCAAAUAGAGCAGCUGUCUUGGGUCUGCUUCCUGUGGUAGCUGGUGUUACCUGCUCUCCCACUUUUCACAUGUGUUGGGACCACCCAGGACAUAAAUAGAAUGAGGAUUAGAUGGAGGGGGAAAAGGAUGUGAUCGUAUCUUCUCUCUCCUGUCACUUCAACCCUACCUUUUCACACAGCCACCCUUUCACCUGUCCAGGAAUUUUCACAUCAAAGGUCGUUUUAUUCUGUGGAGAUGCAGAGGAAUGGACAAUACAAUCAUCAGAGGGGGAUUUAGUUAUGGUUUACUGUGCACUAUGUGCAAUCAAGGUCAACUCGUUCAAGCUUCACUAGAUCCAUCCUCCGUAACAUGUUUUUGGUUUUUUUUUAAAAUGGGAAUUGGAACUUCUUUUUUCUGGCAUUACAAAUUUUUGAAAGCUGGUAACACACAAAAAUAUAAAAGUGUAUUUUCCUGUACAUUUAGGAGAUGAGAUGAGCAUUCACCAACAAUGCUCUCCCUUGUCUUGAAACAUGAUCUACAGGAUGCUUCUUGAAUUUCUGCUAAAGCACCAGGCUGGUCUGCAAUUUGGGAUAUAUCUUGUGUUAAGAAAGAAAAGGAAGUGGACCAAAAACCAGCGUUCACAAUUUUUUAUUCCCUUGUGCCUUGUCUAAUUUUGGGAGAGCAAUACGGACCGUGGGAAAGCUUCCUGGAUUAUGUGGGAUGGUUUCUAAUCUGUGGGGACCUCAGAUGUGAAGGGGUGGCUACUGUUUUAUGUUCUGACCACUGUGUCCCACCCACAACGUGUGCACAGAGAGAAAGUCACAGUAUGGAGCACAGAUUUACGCGUGGGGCAAGCACUGUCUGACCUACAGGAUUCAGACUUUGGAGAGAGCACACCUUUGUAUGGCCCUUUUUUUUUUUUUUUUUUUUCCUUUUUAAAAAAAAAAAAAAUUUUUUUUUUUUUUUUAGCAAUGGAUCUCACUUUGUUGAAAGGAGCUACCAGGUAGGGGUAGACAUCACAAUAUGUUUUGUUUGAGCACAUUUGAAACACUAACCUUGGAUGUGACGUGACUUGGGUCACAUUACCUACAGGUGUGAGUUCCUGAAUUAAAUGUUCAUUUUAGAGAGAGUUUUUAUUUUAUUUAUGAAUUUGUUUUAUUUCUAAAAAGGGGUUGCAAAACACUUUAGAUGCCAGUUUCACACCCUUGUGUUUAAGAUUCCAGUGUCCCACCUUCUUGAUGCCUUAUGAGACCUUUUUGGACUUUGUGCCAUGAGAACCAAUCAGUCUAUUAAAUGUGUAUUUGCUCAAAUAUUUGUAAGACUGAUGAAGAAUGGUUGGAAAAUUACGUUUUUUUUUUUUUUGUUUUUUUUUCAACUUACAAAUUAGGUCUGACCUUAGGAGAGGAACUGUUUUUACAAGUUGGGGCAUUGGCCAGAUAAAGAAUAAACAUUAUAGAUACUUGUAAAUGAGUUGUACAAUUUAUUGACUUCUCACAUUCAGUGCCAAUAAAACAAACCCCCAAAAAACAGGAGCCAAAGUCAACUGAUCUAGCAUUACCAAGUGGCUGGAGUUUUAUUUGCCAAUCUCGCCUCACACAUCACCAACCGAGCCAUGAAUAGUACCUAUUGUGUCCCCUUUCUGCUAGAAUUCCUGCCAGAUUGACCUGUGAUGGUUUAAAGAGCAGUCUAAUGACAAGUGAAUGAAGGCUAUAAUUUGCAGAGCAAUAUGUUCCAGACCUUUUUGGCAGUGAAUUGACUAUCUUGUGACAUGGUAGAAAUCUGUCCACGUUCCCAGAACGUAGAGAGGAGAGAAAAAAAAAAUCUUAAUACUGAGGCAGGAAGCAGAACAGUGAGAAAAAACAGGAAUACAAGUAAUUUCCUGGCAUUGAACCAACUGAGGGACGUCCGGGGCUUCAGAGCCGAUAUCUGAAGAACAGGCCUGAACUCGGGCAGUGGGAAACUAAAUUGACUUGGAGUUUUGUAUAUUCCUGCAAUCAUCCCCAAAUAGUUAUUACACAAGUUUCCCCCCCUACCCAUCAAUGUGCACCCCAUGUAUUCCCCUUGCCUGUGUUACCGUUACACUGACUUGUUAUUUUGUGCAAUAUAUUAUAUUUAUAAAUGGUUUUACCAAACACUGCGUUCUAUUCAUGCUGCAGUACUGCCUUUUGCUUUAAUAUUGUUUAUAUAAUUUAUAAAUGCACUGUUUUCAAGGCACUAAUUUGUGUGUGUGUGUGUGAGUUUGCCAGUUUGCCAACUUUGUUACUUCCUAGUAAUGUUUUGUAGUUCGGGAUGAUGUCAUUUACGGUCUGUGUGUCUGAUCUUUAGUAUGUGUCUUACGUUUCAUUAACCUGUUGUGGAUGUAUGUCCUUUUCAAGACCCCCUGUGUGUCCUUAUGGUGCCAAGAUAUUUUCUUUCUUGUCACCCAAACUCGCAAAUAAACUCACUUUUGAAACCAUGUA